AUGCCUGAUCCCGCCAAGUCUGCACCAGCCCCCAAGAAGGGCUCCAAGAAAGCCGUGACCAAGACUCAGAAGAAGGACGGCAAGAAGCGGAGGAAGACCAGGAAGGAAAGCUAUGCCAUCUACGUGUACAAGGUGCUCAAGCAGGUCCAUCCUGACACCGGCAUCUCCUCCAAGGCCAUGGGCAUCAUGAACUCCUUUGUCAACGAUAUCUUCGAGCGCAUCGCAGGGGAAGCCUCCCGCCUGGCUCACUACAACAAGCGCUCCACCAUCACCUCCCGGGAGAUCCAGACCGCCGUGCGCCUGCUGCUGCCUGGAGAGCUGGCCAAGCACGCCGUGUCCGAGGGCACCAAGGCCGUCACCAAGUACACCAGCGCCAAGUAACCUGCUCCGCCUCCUGCUGUCACCCCAAAGGCUCUUCUAAGAGCCGCCACAUUGUCUAUAAUAGAGCUGGAGC